CGUACUGCCGCUGGAGGCUGGAGCAUAGACCCAGUCCACACCCUCCCACACGCGCUUGUCCUCCCUCGGGAUCUCCCGCCGCCGCCUCCGGCGAUCUGGCGAGCGAAAUGCCCGCGCAGCCGCCACCGCCCGCCGCCGUUCCCCGCCGCCGGUGGCAGAAACGUUUCAGCCCUACGCUCGUGCGUGAUCGCUGCUACACGCGCUGCUUCCACUCCGCGGGGCUCCGCCGGGUCGCUGUCCCACUCCAGGACGGCGCCGUCGUGCACCUCUGGCUCCCGCCGGCCGCGACUACUGGGGCCGCCCCCCUGCACCCGGUCCUCCUCCUACACGGAUUCGGCGCGAACGCCACCUGGCAGUGGGCCCCCUUCCUCCGCCCGCUCCUCGCCGCCGGCCUGGCCCCCUACGUCCCGGACCUCAUCUUCUUCGGCGCCUCCUCCUCCCCCGCGGCCGACCGCUCCCCGGCGUACCAGGCCGCCUGCAUCGCCGCGGCCAUGUCGGCGCUCCCCUCCGCGCCGCAGCGGUACGCCGUCGUCGGCGUUAGCUACGGCGGGUUCGUCGCGUACCACCUCGCCCACGCGUUCCCGGCGGCGGUGGAGCGGCUCGUGCUCGUCGCGGCGGGAGUGUGCCUCGAGGACGCAGACCUGGCAGCGGGGCUCUUCGCUGUCGAGGACAUCGCCGAGGCUGCCAGCCUGCUGCUGCCGCAGCGGCCGGAGGAUCUCAGGAGGCUCGUGGGGCUCACCUUCUGCCACCCGCCGCGGUUCAUGCCGUCCUGCUUCAUCAGGGACUACAUCAGGGUUAUGUGCACUGACAAUGUGAAAGAGAAGACUGAGCUGUUAUAUGCAUUGAUCAGUAGUAGGAAGCUUUCAGAUCUUCCUAAAAUUAGUCAGCAAACCUUGAUAAUCUGGGGAGAGCAAGACCAGGUCUUUCCAUUGGAACUUGGCCUAAGGCUGAAGAGGCAUCUGGGAGAUACUUCAGAACUAGUCAUAGUGAAGAAUGCCGGUCAUGCCAUAAACCGUGAAAAGCCAGCAGAGCUUUGCAGACUUAUAAGGAACUACAUCGUCGAUCCCACAGUCAAAUAUCGGGAUGACUGCAAGGGAUCUUGGAAGAAUGUGAUAAGGAGGUUUGCUGGGUCGAGCCUAAGAAAGGUGGACUCUUCGCGACCGCUGCUAUAGAGCGUAAAUAUACUGCCUUCAGCGGUGCACGAGAUUCCAGUUAAUUUGAUUCUCUGAUUGUGACAUGGGAUCAGAUGAAAUUCUGAUGGAGUGUACAUUCACUGUUCUGUAUCUUGUACACAGCUGCUUUGGUUGAGGAAGGUUGUGCACAUGUAUAGGAGUAUAUACGGCUACAUCAAGUAGGCCAGGCUGUACUACCCUUGUUAGCACAUUUUCUUUUCAAGAGUAUGUACCAAUUCGACAUUGAGUGGGAUAUUUAAGAAAAUGCUACUAAGAAAAUAAUAACAUUGAUUUGAAAGAAAAGUGGGCAAGUGGGCAGCAACUGAAUUUAUGGAAAUA